UCUUUCUCCGCUUCUCGCUCUCUUUCUUUGCCUCGGCAGCUGGCCGAGGGGGCGGUCCUUGCAGUCUUUGUUGCCGGAGGAGCGAGUGCAGCUGCCCGCCGGCCAGAGUCGGGACCUGGACUUAAGGAGCUGCUUGAAGCCAGGCAUGUCCUGAGUCGGACCCGGGCCCCGGCUGGGACGCAAACGCGACAGACGAAGGCGUGAGCUAGGGGUCGUCCAACGGCCACCCGACUCUGGCCAUGCACCGGGGUACGAGUCUCCUCUUGAUCCUGUGUGCUCUGGCGUCUAACGUCCCGGGACCUGCAUCAGGCCUCGCAACCGAGGGCCGGUCGGCUUUGGACAUUGUGCACCCUGUGCGAGUAGACGCUGGAGGCUCCUUCCUGUCCUAUGAGCUGUGGCCACGAGUGCUGCGCAAGCGAGAUGUGUCUGCCACCCAGGGCUCAUCCGCUUUCUACCAGCUGCAGUACCGAGGGCGGGAGCUGCUCUUCAACUUGACCACCAACCCCUAUCUCCUGGCACCCGGCUUUGUGAGUGAGAUCCGGCGUCGCAGCAGCCUAGGCCAUGUGCACAUCCGAACCAGUGUCCCUACCUGCCAUUUGCUUGGUGAUGUGCAGGACCCAGAGCUGGAAGGUGGCUUUGCAGCCAUCAGCGCCUGUGAUGGCCUAAGAGGUGUGUUCCAGCUCUCCAAUGAGGACUACUUCAUCGAGCCUCUCCAUGGAGUUCCAGCUCAGGCUGGACAUGCCCAGCCCCACGUGGUAUACAAGCACCAAGUCCCCGAGCAGCGGGCUCAGCAGGGUGACUCAAGGACUCCAGGCACCUGUGGAGUGCAAGAACUGGAGCAUAGGCCAGAGCAUUGGGAACAGCAGCAGCGGAGGCGGAGGCAGCAGCGAUCGGUCAGCAAAGAGAAAUGGGUGGAGACCCUGGUGGUAGCUGAUGCCAAGAUGGUGGAGUACCACGGGCAGCCACAAGUAGAGACCUAUGUACUGACCAUCAUGAACAUGGUGGCUGGACUGUUUCACGACCCCAGCAUUGGGAACCCCAUUCACAUCACCAUUGUGCGCCUUAUCCUGCUGGAAGACGAGGAGAAGGACUUAAAGGUCACACACCAUGCAGACAACACUCUGAAGAGCUUCUGCAAGUGGCAGAAGAACAUCAACACGAAGGGGGACGCUCAUCCACAGCACCAUGAUACUGCCAUCCUGCUCACCAGGAAAGAUUUGUGUGCAGCCAUGAACCACCCCUGUGAAACCCUGGGCCUGUCUCACGUGGCUGGCAUGUGCCACCCUCAACUCAGCUGUAGCGUCAGUGAGGACACUGGCCUGCCACUCGCCUUCACUGUGGCCCAUGAGCUAGGACACAGUUUUGGCAUUCAGCAUGACGGCACCAGCAAUGACUGUGAGUCCAUUGGGAAACGGCCUUUCAUCAUGUCUCCACAGCUCCUGUACGAUGGAGGCAUUCCGCUCACCUGGUCCCGCUGCAGCCGCGAGUACAUCACCAGGUUCCUCGACCGCGGGUGGGGCCUGUGCUUGGAUGACUCUCCAGCCAAGGAUGUCAUUGGCUUCCCCUCGGUGCUGCCUGGUGUCCUGUAUGAUGUGAACCACCAGUGUCGCCUUCAGUAUGGGGCAUACUCAGUCUUCUGUGAGGACAUGGACAAUGUCUGCCACACACUGUGGUGUUCCGUGGGGACCACCUGUCACUCCAAGCUGGACGCAGCUGUGGACGGCACCAGAUGUGGGAAAAACAAGUGGUGUCUCAAUGGAGAGUGCGUCCCUGAGGGCUUCCAGCCCGAGGCGGUGGACGGUGGCUGGUCCGGCUGGAGUGCCUGGUCUGUCUGCUCGAGGAGCUGUGGCGUGGGUGUACGGAGUGCUGAACGACAGUGCACACAGCCUGUGCCUAAGCACAGAGGCAAGUACUGUGUGGGGGAGCGGAAGCGGUUCCGGCUCUGCAACCUGCCACCCUGCCCUGCGGGUCAUCCCUCUUUCCGUCACACCCAGUGUAGCCAGUUUGACGCCAUGCCCUACAAGGGCCAACUGCACACAUGGGUGCCCGUGGUCAAUGAUGAGAACCCCUGUGAGCUGCACUGCCGUCCCUCCAACCACUCCAAUACAGAGAAGAUGAGGGAUGCCGUGGUGGAUGGCACCCCUUGCUACCAAGGUCGGGUCAGCCGUGACAUCUGCAUCAAUGGCCUCUGCAAGAACGUGGGCUGCGACUUUGAGAUCGACUCUGGUGCCACGGAGGACCGCUGUGGUGUCUGCCAGGGCAAUGGCUCUACUUGCCACACCGUGAGCAGGACCUUCGAGGAGGCUGAGGGCCUGGGGUACGUGGACAUAGGCCUGAUCCCAGCCGGAGCCCGAGAGAUCCUCAUUAAGGAGGUGGCUGAGGCUGCCAACUUUCUGGCCCUGCGGAGUGAGGACCCAGAUAAGUACUUCCUCAAUGGCGGCUGGACCAUCCAGUGGAAUGGAGACUACCAGGUGGCAGGCACUACCUUCACCUAUGCGCGCACAGGCAACUGGGAGAACCUCACAUCCCCUGGGCCUACCAGUGAGCCUGUCUGGAUCCAGCUGCUGUUCCAGGAGAGCAACCCUGGGGUGCACUAUGAGUACACCAUCCACAGGGACAGCCACGAUGAGGUGCGGCCACCUGAGUUCUCCUGGCACUAUGGGCCCUGGAGCAAGUGCACUGUCACAUGUGGUACAGGUGUGCAGAGACAAAGCUUGUAUUGCAUGGAGAGGCAGGCUGGACUUGUGGAUGAGGAACACUGUGACCACCUGAAUCGGCCUGAUGACCGCCAGAGGAAGUGCAGCGAGGAGCCCUGUCCCGCCAGGUGGUGGGCAGGGGAGUGGCAGCUGUGUUCCCGAUCCUGCGGACCUGGAGGUCUCUCUCGCCGGGCUGUGCUCUGCAUACGCAGUGUAGGGCUGGAUGAGCAGCGAGCCCUGGAACCACUUGCCUGUGAGCAUCUUCCUCGACCCUUGGCUGAAACCCCAUGCAACCGUCACGUACCCUGUCCCGCCACCUGGGGUGUGGGAAACUGGUCUCAGUGCUCUGUGACAUGUGGAGCCGGCAUUCGGCAGCGAACUGUCCUCUGCAUCAAUGAUACUGAUGUCCCCUGCGAUGAAGUCGAGCGGCCGGUGACUGAGGCCAUUUGUCUUCUGCCUCCCUGCCCCCGCCCCGUGUACAUGACGGGCACAGAUGGCUCUGGCAGUGGUUCCUCCAGCCCUGAGCUCUUCAAUGAAGUUGAUUUCAUCCCACACUGGCUGGCCCCACGCCCUUCACCGGCAUCCUCACCCAAGCCAGUUAGCAUCAGCAACGCUAUUGACGAGGGCGACCUAGAACCGGAUCCGCCGGGGCCUGUGUUUGUGGAUGACUUCUAUUAUGACUACAAUUUCAUUAACUUCCAUGAAGACCUGUCUUAUGGAUCUUAUGAAGAACCCCACCCAGACCUGGUUGAUGCAGGGGGUUGGACAGUACCACCCCACAUCAGACUCACUGAACCCCCCUCAGAUACUUCAGUGCCUACUGCAGGAACUCCUGGAGUUAAGGAAGAGGGGCUUCAGGGAGCUUGGUCCCCUAGCCCUUCACUCAAUCAGGAUAGCCAUUCCCCACCUGUAUUCUUAGAGCAGACCCCUGUGAAUCCCUUGGCCAAUUUCUUGUCUGAGGAAGAUAUGCUCAUGGGGACCCCUGAAGUUGGGCUCACCAGCUUGCCCUGGCCCCCUGCUUCAGCUGAUGAGAUGGUGACACCUGUUGACCCGGGAACCUCUGAUGAGUUACUAGUAAGGGAAGACAGGCAGGACCAGCCACCCACUCCAUGGUCUGACAGGAACAAGGCUUCCAAAGAUGAGGACACCUUGGGCCAUACAUCACCAGCCCUUCCCCAAAGCCCUAUCCCCACACAGCUCUCUUCACCUUCCAUCAGCACCACCCAAGCUUCUCCUGGUCCUGAUGUGGCAGAGGUGUGGACAGGAGUGCCUGUGGCCUGGGACUCAGUGUUAGAGGGUGACCUGAAGUCUGUGCCUACUGUGGAGGUGGCACCUCCUCUCCUUCCUCCCAUGGCCACUGCACCAGCCAUCUGGGACAGAGACAGCCCCUUGGAGCCAGGGACUCCUACCUUUUCAACCCCACAGAACCUGAAAACUCUGGCAUUGCCGGGAACUUUCUUUUCGACAGCACCAACUGAUCUAAGCAGCCCGGGACCGAUGGGCCAGCCACAGCCCACUAACCCUGAAGGGACCCUGAGCCCUGUGCCACUGCCUAGGCCAGCUCAGGAGACUCAUAAUAACAGCAGCAAGGACCCUGAGGUCCUGCCUUUGCAGCCCGGCCUGGUGGAGGAUGGCUCUCCUACAGACCCACAGCCUGCCACGAAUGCCAGCUGGCAAGUGGGCAACUGGAGCCAGUGUUCCACCACUUGUGGUCUGGGCGCCACCUGGAGGCUGGUGCGCUGCAGCUCUGGCCGGGAUGAGGACUGCACCCCUUCCAGCCGCCCCCAGCCAGCCCGCCAUUGUCACCUGAGGCCCUGUGCUGCCUGGCGCACGGGCAACUGGAGUAAGUGCUCUCGCAAUUGUGGCGGGGGUUCCUCCACAAGAGAUGUACAGUGUGUGGACACACGGGACCUCCGGCCAUUGCGGCCUUUCCACUGCCAGCCUGGGCCUACGAAGCCACCCACCCGUCAGCUUUGUGGGACCCAGCCCUGUCUCAACUGGUAUACCUCUUCCUGGAGAGAGUGUUCCGAGGCCUGUGGUGGUGGUGAACAGCAGCGUCUGGUGACAUGCCCAGAGCCAGGCCUCUGUGAGGAGUCGCUGAGACCCAACAGCACCCGGCCCUGCAACACCCACCCCUGCACGCAGUGGGUGGUGGGGCCUUGGGGUCAGUGCUCAGCCCCCUGCGGUGGGGGCGUUCAGCGGCGUCUGGUCAAAUGCGUGAACACUCAGACUGGCUUGGCGGAGGAAGACAGCGAGCAGUGUGGCCAUGAGGCCUGGCCUGAGAGCUCACGGCCAUGUGCCACUGAGGACUGUGAGCUGGUUGAGCUACCACGUUGUGAGCGGGAUCGCCUGUCCUUCAGCUUCUGUGAGACACUGCGCCUCCUGGGCCGCUGCCAGCUACCCACUAUCCGCGCCCAGUGCUGUCGCUCAUGUCCCCCGCUCAGCCGUGGUGUCCCUUCCCGAGGCCAUCAGAGGGUGGCCAGACGCUGAGCAGAGGCCUGAGCAGAGUGCACAUCAGAACGCACAGACAAACUGACCCACGACACACAGACCUCAGCGCCCCACCACAGGCUGCGGUGGAGCCCUGCUCCUCGUGCCCUAAUGGUGCUAACCCCAUCCCUGUGCAAUGGCAGGCUGGGGACCCCUGUUCCUCUCAGAAAAGGUAUUUUUUUAUUCUAACAGUUUGCACAUUUGUUAUCGUUUUACAUAAAUGAGUAUCUACCCUUUCAAA